AUGGAGCAUUUGCAAGUUCGAUUUAGGGCGGCGUUUCAGGUCACACCAGAAGCCGGUUAUAGAAGACUUGAAUGGAAAUGUGACUGUGGGGAAAACUUGUAUGGUGAUUUCCCCGCAGGCAAUGAAAACGAGUUGAGGGCAGUGGAACAAUUGGAGAAAGAACUCAAGCUGAACUGUAAAAUCAUUUGGGGUAAGCGACCAUUGUCCACAUUUGAGAGAGACAUCAUAGCUCUUGCUGGUGGAGCGCCCGUCCUCCAGUCGCAACACAGUUCGGGAUCUAUCAAAACGAAGGGUCAGUCUACAUCAUAUCCAAUGACCAACUUACGGAACCACCAGGCACAAAAUAUACGGGAAGAGGCACGGUCGCCAAUCAGACUUCGAAGAUUAGCGGAGGAGCGUGGUCAACUUGGCAACCGCUCUUGGAGGUAUCUCGAGCUAUGCUUCAAUUCUGGAAAACACCAAAUUCAGCACGCAGAACUUGAUGUGACUCACCACACGACAACGGACCAUACUUUCUUUCAGAAGAUAAAAACUGAGUACUUUCGAAUGAGUAAGCGAAGGUGGUUCUUUGAACCAAAGGAUGUCAGAUUCGUCGAGUUUUCGGUACAGAACAUGGGAGAACUGGCAGGAAUCAUAAACGGCUUCGAUGAAAGGAACCCGGCACUGCCGCCUGAAGAACUUGUUCGGCAGGGAACGACUUGGGAAUACAAGCCACGCCCACGAGGCCCACCAGUUCCCAGUAACAUCAUCUUACAUGAACUCACAUCGAAGAAGAGUAAAUUGCAUACCAGCACCACAUGGUCUCGAAGAAUGCCGAAGAAGCUAAAUACGAGUAUCUAUGCAAUACCAGAUCCCAACGAAGCUGCCUUCGGUUGGGGAAUUCACAUCUUCGAGGGAUAUAAUGUUUUCCUCAUCACGAUUUUGAUCUCUGUCCUGGCACUACUUGGCUCAGCUGGAUGUAUACUCGCGACAGCGCUUUGGUGGACGUUGAGAGAUGACUUGAAUGGUGCCCUGGCACUUGGUGCUGCUUUAGCAGCCCUCCUAGCCGUCUUACUUGGGUGGGCUGUCUCUUUUCUGCAGGGUGUGAACAGGUCUUGA